GCGCGCGAGGGUGCCAAUUUCCCGGGCUCGCAGGGCGGACGGACGGAUCGAUGGGAUAUUGGGCGACCCGCAAGAUGUUCUGAGGCGACGGUGGGCGCUGCGCCUGGCGGUCCCGCCAUGGCCAGCGUCCACGAAGGCCUCUACUAUAGCUCAAUGAUGAACCAAGGUGUGGUGCACGCCAGCGUGUUUGGCAUCAAGGACUGGGUAACGCCCUAUAAGAUCGGGGUGCUGGUGCUGCUGAGCGAGAUGAGCCAUGCGGGCGAGGACGCCAUCAGCCUGCUGGAGCGGCGGCGGCUGAACCAGCUGCUGCUGCCGCUGCUGCAGGGCCCAGAUAUCACGUUGUCCAAACUCUAUAAGUUAAUUGAAGACUGCUGUCCUCAGCUGGCAAAUUCAGUGCAGAUCAGAAUCAAACUGAUGGCUGAAGGUGAAUUGAAGGAUAUGGAACAAUUUUUCGAUGACCUUUCGGAUUCUUUUUCUGGAACUGAGCCAGAAGUUCACAAAACAAGUGUCGUAGGCUUGUUUCUGCGUCACAUGAUUUUGGCCUAUAGCAAGCUGUCCUUCAGUCAAGUGUAUAAGCUCUACACCGCCCUUCAGCAGUAUUUCCACAGCGCGGAGAGAAAGGCAGUGGAGGACACAGAUAUGGAACUGACCCGAGAGGACGGAGAAAGAAAAAUGGAGAAAGAAGAUCUUGAUGUGUCUGUGAGAGAAGAGGAGGAAGCUUGCAGUGGACCUCUAUCUCAGAAGCAGGCAGAAUUUUUUCUUUCUCAACAGGCUUCUCUGCUCAAGAAUGAUGAGACCAAAGCCCUCACCCCAGCUUCGCUGCAGAAGGAGCUGAACAACUUACUCAAGUUCAAUCCUGACUUUGCGGAGGCGCAUUACCUCAGCUAUCUAAACAACCUGCGCGUCCAGGACGUCUUCAGCUCCACGCAUAGCCUCCUGCACUACUUCGACCGCCUGAUUCUCACCGGGGCCGAGGGCAAGAGCAACGGCGAGGAGGGCUACGGCCGGAGCCUGAGAUACGCCGCUCUCAACCUGGCUGCCCUGCACUGCCGCUUUGGCCACUAUCAACAGGCAGAGCUCGCCCUGCAGGAGGCAAUUAGGAUUGCCCAGGAGUCCAACGACCACGUGUGUCUCCAGCACUGUUUGAGCUGGCUCUAUGUGCUGGGGCAGAAGAGAGCCGAUAGCUAUGUCCUGCUGGAGCACUCGGUGAAGAAGGCAGUGCAUUUUGGGUUACCGUACCUCGCCUCCCUGGGAAUACAGUCCCUUGUUCAACAGAGAGCUUUCGCCGGGAAGACGGCCAACAAGCUGAUGGAUGCCCUCAAGGCCUCCGACCUCCUGCACUGGAAGCACAGCCUGUCGGAGCUCAUCGACAUCAGCAUAGCCCAGAAAACGGCCAUCUGGAGGCUGUACGGGCGCAGCACCAUGGCCCUGCAGCAAGCUCAGAUGUUGCUAAGCAUGAACAGCCUGGAGUCGGUGAAUUCUGGCGUGCAGCAAAACAACACCGAGUCCUUUGCCGUGGCACUCUGCCACCUUGCAGAGCUACACGCGGAACAGGGUUGUUUCGCUGCAGCUGCCGAAGUGCUGAAGCACCUGAAGGAGCGAUUUCCCCCCAACACCCAGCAUGCGCAGUUAUGGAUGCUGUGUGAGCAGAAAAUACAGUUUGACAGAGCAAUGAAUGAUGGCAAAUACCAUCUGGCCGACUCGCUCGUGACAGGGAUCACAGCUCUCAACAGCAUGGAGGGUGUGUACAGGAAAGCAGUCGUGUUGCAAGCUCAGAACCAGAUGUCCGAGGCGCACAAGCUGCUGCAGAAGCUGCUGAGUCACUGCGAGAAGCUCAAGAACACGGAGAUGGUGAUUAGCGUGCUGCUGUCGGUGGCAGGCCUGUACUGGCGCUCCUCCUCCCCGACCAUCGCGAUGCCCUUGCUCCUGCAUGCCCUGGCCCUCUCCAAGGAAUACCGGCUGCAGUACCUGGCCUCUGAAACAGUGCUCAACUUGGCUUUUGCCCAGCUCCUCCUCGGCAUCCCGGAGCAGGCCCUGACCCUCCUCCACAUGGCCAUCGAGCCCAUCCUGGCCGACGGGGCCAUCCUGGACAAGGGCCGAGCCAUGCUCCUCGUGGCCAAGUGCCAGGUGGCUUCGGCAGGUUCCUACGAGCCAGUGAAGAAAGCAGAAGCUCUGGAGGCCGCCAUCGAGAACCUGAACGAAGCCAAGAACUAUUUUGCCAAGGUCGACAGCAAGGAGCGUAUCAGGGACGUCUGCUACCUCCAGGCCAGACUUUACCACGCGCUGGGGAAGACACAGGAGAGGAACCGCUGUGCCAUGCUCUUCCGGCAGCUGCACCAGGAGCUGCCCUCUCACGCCGUGCCCUUGAUCAACCACAUCUAGCCCCGAUGUGCCGCCCGGCUGCCGCACAGAGCGUCAGACCUGGAACUUGCUCCUCCGCUUCCUGUGCUGAUGACACAAUGUCCGCCUCGCUGGUAAAGUGCCUCUGGCCAGUCUGCCUUGUGGCUCUGAGGACACACUUGUCUUGUUCUUCCUCUUCGCUCCUUGUGGCCACAUGGGACAUCAUCGGUUUGUUAAUGAAAGGCUGUUUGGCUAA